AUGACAACCACCAUCGGCAUGUCAUACGAGGACCUUCGGCCGCAGGCUGUGCGGCCGAAGAAGUCCUUCUUCCAGAGGCUGAACGACACUCACGAUCAGCUCAUCUCGCAUAUGCGAUCGUUAAAGGAGGACCCAGUACUUUCAGUCAAGCAAGGGGAGCGCACGAGAGCAUCAUCGACGACUUCGCUCACAUCAACACCCGAGUCAGACCGUGAAAACUCCCAGGACGCCGCUCGCACUACUGAGAUCGACAACGAAGACCGGAUCUCAAGUGGCUUCUUGUCCCCACCACUCUCACCAGUUGAGGGCAGCUUCUUCCCUAUCCAGCAGUUCCUUCUGCCCAGGGACCGAAAGCCCAGCAAGGAGUUCAUUCAAGGCAUGCAAGGCUACGUACACUGGAAACAGGCUACUUACGAGUCGACCCUCAGCCUUCCCCUUUCUCCACCGGGAACGCCACAAACCUCGUACUCGUGGAGCUCCUCCAGGAGCACAAAGAGCGAGAUGUCUGACGAGCAAAUGGACGACUGGCUCGACCGCCCCAUGGACGCGGAAGUGCAUCGCUACCGCAAGGUUUCAGCCUCGUGGCUGGAGGGCUCGAAUGAGUCGAAAGAGGAUGAGAAGAUGAUCCACGUGAUCCAAGAGCAUCCCGAUGAGGACGAUAGCGCAGCACGGGAAGAGCGCCAGCACAUUUCCGCUAUGUGGCGAGAGACCUGGUGUAUGCAAGAUUCGAGAGAGGGCAGCUUUAUUGAAGAUUCACACAGCGAGGUUGCCCCAGAAGCGACAGAGGACGUUUCAGCAAAACAGAACGAGGAGAGUAACAUUCAGUCAAAGUUUCUUUCGCUACCAGACGAAAUUCUGCGUAGCGUCGCCCUUCACGUACCUCAAGAGCACGCUCAGCCAUUCCGUCUCAGCUGCAUGAAGCUCAACCAGCUUGUAACAGCAUCAUAG